CAUUUGCAGUGCCUUUUCCCUUACAGAGAGAGAGAGUUUCACUUCUGGGUUGUUCCCUUUCUUCCCGCUUUUGCCUCUCCAAGCAGAAUCUGUAAUGGAAGUAGUAAAGUCCUGGGGUCCCUUAGUUGGCUUCACCCUCUUGCCCAAUGCAGGAAGCAUUUGGGGAGCGAGGAUCGUGAGGAAAGAGCUUCCUACAUGGUAUGAAACCCUGGAGAAACCUUCCUGGCGGCCACCUAACUGGGUAUUUCCGCCUGUGUGGGCGACUUUAUAUUCAUCGAUGGGAUAUGGUUCUUACCUGGUGUGGAAAGAACUGGGAGGUUUCAAUGAAAAAUCCAUGGUUCCACUUGGUCUUUAUGCAGGAAACCUAGCACUGAACUGGUCAUGGGUUCCCAUAUUCUUUGGAAAGCAUAAAAUAGGAUGGGGACUGGUGACUAUACUGCUAACCACAGGAGCAGCCACAGCAACAACAACAGUCUGGUAUCAUGUCAACAAAACAGCAGCAUAUUUGUUGUAUCCUUACAUAGCCUGGUUAACUUUUGCCUCUGUGCUCAACUACCGCAUCUGGAAGGACAAUCAAAGUAAGAAACACAAGUAACUUGUACACAUUUUCCUAAAGCAAGCCUUGGCAAAAGCAGGACUUUUUUUUUUUAAAGAAAUAAUUUUCUAAAUUACUAUUCUGUUGCUUAAGCCAUUUAGGCAAUUGUGUGUAUGGUUUUUUUUUAAAAAAAUAAUAAUGUACAUGUUAACAUGUAAAUGGAAGUUUACGACAUAAAACUGAAAUAAAGUUCAGUGAGAGAUAAAAGAA